GUCGCGGGCGCGCGCGCCGCCGGCGGAGCCGCAGUUAAAAUGGUCCGAGCGGGACCCUGCGUUCCCCCCGCCGCCGCAGUGACUGACUGAGCCGGGGGGUCAGGCUCGGACUGGUCGCCCAGCCGGCAGGCUCGCUCUCUCCGUCGCGUCCCCAAAGCUCGCGCCCAUCGUUCUCCCGGCAUCCCUGGGCAAAGCAUGUAGCCCCCGACGGGCGCAGAGGCGGCCCGCAGCUGACGCCCACCCCCACCGUCGCGUGUGUGCCCGUGUGUGCGUGUGUGUGCGCAGGGCGGGCGACCCUGCCGCGGGCCCGAGCCCGAGCCAGCGAGCGGCCUGCCCCGCCGCCGGGAGCCCGCCUCUCCGGGCUUCCCUACUUCCCCGUCCCGGUCCCCCUCCUCGGGGCCUUCUAUAUGGGCCACCUUCUCUCGAAGGAGCCGCGUAACCGCCCGAGCCAGAAGAGGCCUCGCUGCUGCAGCUGGUGUCGCCGCCGUCGCCCUCUCCUCAGGCUGCCCCGCCGGACCCCGGCCAAGGCGCCCCCCCAGCCGGCGGCGCCCCGGAGCCGGGACUGCUUCUUCCGCGGGCCCUGCAUGCUCUGCUUCAUCGUGCACAGCCCCGGCGCUCCCGCCCCCGCCGGCCCAGAGGAGGAGCCGCCGCUCUCGCCGCCGCCGCCGCGGGACGGGGCCUACGCCGCGGCCGCCUCCUCUCAGCACCUGGCGCGGCGCUACGCGGCCCUGGCUGCCGAGGACUGCGCUGCCGCCGCCCGCCGCUUCCUGCUCUCCUCGGCCGCCGCCGCCGCCGCCGCCGCCGCCUCGGCCUCGUCGCCUGCCUCCUGCUGCAAAGAGCUGGGGCUGGCUGCCGCCGCCGCCUGGGAGCAGCAGGGCCGGAGCCUCUUCUUGGCCAGCGUGGGGCCCGUGCGCUUCCUGGGGCCGCCCGUCGCGGUGCAACUCUUCCGGGGGCCGACGCCGCCGCCAGCCGAGCCCCCCACUCCCCCCGAGAUGGUGUGCAAGCGGAAGGGGGCCGGGGUUCCCGCCUGCACCCCCUGUAAGCAGCCCCGCUGCGGCGGCGGGGGCUGCGGCGGCGGCGGCGGCGGCAGUGGGCCUGCGGGAGGAGGCGCUUCUCCUCCGCGGCCCCCCGAUGCCGGUUGCUGCCAGGGCUCCGAGCAGCCAUCGCAGCCUCUCUGCCCCCCGCCCUCCUCUCCCACUUCCGAAGGUGCCCCCACAGAGGCCGGCGGGGACGCCGUCCGAGCGGGGAGCACCGCCCCCUCGCCUGCCCAGCAGCAGCAUGAAUGCGGCGACGCGGACUGUCAGGAGCCCCGCGAAAACCCCUGCGACUGUCAUAGGGAGCCGCCCCCCGAAACCCCAGACAUCAACCAGCUGCCGCCAUCCAUCCUGCUCAAGAUAUUUUCCAAUUUAUCCCUGGAUGAACGUUGCCUUUCUGCAUCGUUGGUCUGCAAGUACUGGCGUGACCUUUGUUUAGAUUUCCAGUUUUGGAAGCAGCUGGAUCUUAGUAGUCGUCAGCAGGUCACUGAUGAAUUAUUGGAAAAAAUUGCAUCAAGAAGUCAAAACAUAAUUGAAAUCAACAUUUCUGAUUGUCGCAGUAUGUCUGAUACUGGCGUAUGUGUUCUAGCAUUUAAGUGUCCUGGACUUCUUAGGUAUACAGCCUACAGGUGUAAACAGCUUUCUGACACCUCUAUUAUUGCGGUUGCCUCUCACUGUCCUUUACUUCAGAAAGUUCAUGUGGGCAACCAGGACAAACUAACUGAUGAAGGACUCAAACAGCUGGGCUCAAAAUGCAGAGAACUCAAAGAUAUUCAUUUUGGCCAGUGUUACAAGAUCUCAGAUGAAGGCAUGAUCGUCAUAGCUAAGGGAUGUCUGAAAUUACAAAGGAUAUACAUGCAGGAAAACAAAUUAGUGACAGAUCAGUCAGUGAAAGCAUUUGCUGAGCACUGUCCUGAACUUCAGUAUGUUGGCUUCAUGGGCUGUUCAGUUACUUCUAAAGGAGUCAUCCACCUGACUAAGCUAAGGAACCUUUCCAGCUUGGACCUCCGUCAUAUCACUGAACUGGAUAAUGAAACCGUGAUGGAAAUUGUUAAGAGGUGCAAGCAUCUUAGCUCUCUCAAUCUCUGUCUGAACUGGAUCAUUAACGACAGGUGUGUGGAGGUCAUUGCAAAGGAAGGACAAAACCUGAAAGAGCUGUAUUUGGUGUCCUGUAAAAUCACAGAUUAUGCACUGAUAGCCAUCGGGCGGUACAGCAUGACCAUAGAGACAGUGGAUGUCGGAUGGUGCAAAGAAAUCACAGACCAAGGAGCCACCCUGAUUGCACAGAGCAGCAAGUCUCUGCGAUAUCUGGGGCUGAUGAGAUGCGAUAAAGUCAAUGAGGUGACGGUGGAGCAGCUGGUGCAGCAGUACCCCCACAUCACCUUCAGCACCGUCCUCCAGGACUGCAAGAGGACCCUGGAGAGAGCCUAUCAGAUGGGCUGGACCCCCAACAUGUCGGCUGCCUCCUCCUAACCCUCCUGGCCCGGCUCAGGUCCGCUCAGAUCCCCGGCAGGGCGGACAGGAAUUGCAGAUGGGGGUGGUGAUCUCUCGGAAAGGUUUUAACUGUCACAUGUCUGUGCGUGUACCCGAGUGUGUGUAUUUGUGUCCUGUUUGCAUCCUGCAUAGCAUAAGCGCAGUUGCUGUUUAUUCCCAGGAGAGCUGUUUUUUUUCCCUUAAAAGUUAAAGAUUUUAAAAGCCACAAACCUUUUUGUUUUUAAGUUCAAAGAUUUCUCUUUUUUUAAAGCGUUUUUACUGUGGAAUAAAAAAAAAAAAAAAAAAAAACUGAAUCAAUUAUUUCGAGCUCUUAAUUCCUGCCACUUGGCGAUGCCCUAAAGUGAAGCGAGCUGGGAUGUUCUGGGGUGAGCUAGCCCUGUGCCCUUCUGCCGACAGCCAGGACGGAAGUGACGUCCCCCGUAGAGGCUGGCAGCCAGGCUCUCCCCCUCCCAGAUGCACACGACACCAGGCAGUUUCUUUCUAGGCCAUUUCUGACCCAGAGGCCUUCCUCCAGGCCACGGAGAGAGCAUGUUGUCCACCGCGCUCUGCCCGACCCAGGCUUCCCACCGGCGGGCCACUUGCUAUCUGCAAGGUGACAGGGACUAGAGGGGAGAAAGCCUUCUGUGAAAUUUCCCGUGGAGGCAACAGUCCCCUGGCCAGCUCACAGAAGUUAAUUACCCAUUAUUCUGCAGAUAUGUUCUGUUGAGUGCUAAAUCUUUCUAUUGAGUUUUAUGUUAACAUUGUGUUAGCUUUUUCUUCAUGGAUCGUAACGAGUCUGAAUAUAUUUUAAUGAAAUUUGGAGCUGAUCUUAGCAUUAUCCACUUGAAAGCCACCAAUGUAAUUAAUGGAGUGAAGUUAUUUUUUAAAAAUCUACAGAUCAUUUAAUUAUUUUUGUUAAUUUGGAUAAUUAUGAAAUUAUAUUUCUGAGAUUUGGGGGUAGUCACGUUAAUAGAAUAUUAAUGAGAUAUAAAUAGACAAUCUUUUUUUUUUUUUUUUUUGCUUUGCUUUGGGCUUUAGAAUAGGUUUUUUUUGGUUAUAUGCAUGUUAUUUUUUGAAUAGUUCUUAUGCUACUGCAAAGAUCUAUUACUGGUUAAUGUAUGAGUUAAGAAAAAUUAUAAAAUCUUUUCAUUAAGAUUCUGUUUACACUUGUCAGAAAUAAGCAUUUCUUUGUUUAAAGAUUGACACCUUUCAGUUAAGAAAAUAUCUAUGUAAAUGAAUAUAUGUUUUGAUUUCACACAUCUUUACAAUUAAUUCUUAGUAGGGACUCAGGCUCAAAUAACCUUUCCUGUGUCUAGAUUUAUAAUCAAGACAUCAGGGAGCCUUUUUACGCUAAAGAGUGAUUAUCUUUCCCAGUAGAGCUAGAUACAAAACCCUGACUUGUGAGUUUGCUAUUUAUUCUUCCCCAGUGUGGACAUAGCUAUUUUUUUGGUCUUUAACAGGUAUACUAAGGUUUGAGUUUCACUUUCUAUAAGUCCCAAUAUUGCUAAAACGAGACUAGCUGUAGGAAACAAAAACUAGCUUUACAUUCAAAUGCCAUUCACUUAUUAAUAAUGACUCCCAAAAAAUGUAAACAACUGUUUCUUCUGAUUAUGUCAACAUGUUUCUGAUGUGGCAGUAUUUUUGCUUUUAAUCCAAAUCAGUUAAAAAAAACUAGUCAGUACUCACCAAGAGUAUUUUAUCCGUCACUAAAUGGAUUACUAAUUUAAUUUGAAGGAAAUAAAGUUUGUAUAAGAAAAAAAAAGCUGUUUACUAUUAAUAAACUAUAAUUCUUCUUACACAUCAAACUGUAUUGUUUUCAUAUUCAUUUCCCCUCCACUGAAAAAUAUCUUAAAUCAUAAUAUUUUAACUGGUUUUUAAUCCAAAACUAAUUUAUAAGACAGUAUGUAUAGUAAUAGUAGCUUGAGUGAAUAAGCAAAAGUUUAAUUUUUAUAUAUGUCACACUAUAUUUUAAAUAGUUAAAAAACAAAAAGACUAAAGAAGGGAGAGCCAUCGAUGAUAUAGAUGGUGCCAUUUCAGUUCAAAAUUGUAGUAUCUUUGGAGUGUUACAGUUUGGUUGUCAAAUAGUCUCAGAAGUGUACACUUGAUUUUUUUUUUUUUUUUUUUUAACAUUGCAUUGUUUGAAUCUGAAAUACAGCACUAUAACAUGCUUUAGCUUGGGUUGGGGGGUGGGGGGACUUGCACUUAUUCUUUAAGAUGUUGACUAAUCCAGAAAGCCUGAUGCAACAUAACCUGGAAAACUGCUUUGGUAUAUUUGUAGAAAUCUCUAGAAGUAUCAUAUCCAGCCUCAAAGCAUUAAUCUCAAAAAAAGAAAAAGAAAAAACAACCAGAAAAAGCAUUACCUUGAGUGAUCCUGUGAUGGUUGUUGAAUGUGUUCUCAUUACAUGCUUUGAAAUGAGGCUUAAAAUGAUUUUUCUGGGCAAUAUAGAGUUUCUUUUCAUUUUCUUUCUUUUUUUUUUUUUUGCUUAGAAUGUCAUAAAUGUAUGUGAACACGUUUAAUGCAGGGCUUUCUAUCCUCUCCAAAAUGUCAACAGUAUUUUCAGAAUAAAGACUAUGAAAUACAUUAUCGUAGUGGAAAAUUCUGGUCUUUUGUCUUUGAUGUCUUUUUGAGUGGAUAAAGGAAAUGUACCUGGUUUGUAGUUUCUAUAUUUCUGUGAAUCUUUUGACCUUGCGAUGGGUCACAAUAAAAGAGAAACAAA